UCGCGCGUGCGUGGCUUACUUAUAGCACACACCUAUGCAAACAUUGCAGAAGAACUGAAUGAGCUGCAUUUGCAUGAUUCCUCUAGUGUAAUCUCCUUCUUUCAGCUGGAAAUUAUUUCCAAUGAAGGCUUCAAUCUGUUUGGCUAUGGUGGUAAAAGAAAAAUGAAGUUGGUUACUGGAAAUGGAACAUUCCACAUUGAAAAGGAGGACGCGGCAUUAGUGAAUGGUUCACCUUUCGGGGGUUCUGGUGCCUUGAGCUUUGACAAGGAUAAGGGUAUCGAUAUUGGACAAAACGUCACACUCGGUAAUCAAACAGCUGUGGGUGGUCCCGGACGAGAAUCGAACUUUCUUGCGGAACUGCUGAGCGCAAUCAACCAACUCAUUCCAAAGCCAUCUCGGUGA